AUGUCAUGCACAUUGAACACCACUCCUGAUGAACCUGGAUCAGCCUAUACCUUGCAGAUCCAUCAGUUCCUUCUUUUCCUCGAAGCCCCGUCCGUUGAGCAUGUACAUGUCCUGACCAGAUCGUGUCCUGCUGUGGUUGAGUGGAAUGAGUGGCGCCGCAGAGUCCUAUCCCUCCUAAAACUUGCUGACACUGCCCACUUGGAGUUGGCAUGGUCCAGAAUGCAAGUGCCUCCGACUGGUACCUUUGGGUGGGUCAGUGAGCUCCGUGCCCUUAUCACUUCGCCCUUGUCGCAUGACCACCAGUCAGUAUCAGCCCUCUUGGAUCAGCUCCUGUCAUUGCCUCCUCAGUCGCUAAAUGACGUGUUUCAUCCCAACGUCCCCCCGUCCGGAGCAGUAAUACCCACUUCGUCCUGUACUGGGCAACCUUCGCUUGCCAUCCAUGCUCCUGCUCUCGAGUUGCAGGACAACGAUCCAGACCACAUGCUGCACUCAGAGGACUUUGCUGGAGAUGACGGUCAGUUUUAA